AUGGCGGCGCCGCUCGCCCCUCCCACCUCCCACCACGUUUCCUUGCUGACCAUGCCGCUGGAGAUCCGCCAGGGGGUCUACGGGUUCUGCAUCCCGCAGCACCUGCUGUUCACAUACUCCACUCAGAUGACACUCGGCCACCGCGCCGCCGAGGGCGUCGUCUUUCGCUCCAGAAAGAAUAGAUCCCCCGCGGGCAGCUGGCAUUGGGACAGCGAUGACGAUUCCGAGGCUGAUAGAGCCGAUGACGGCGACGACGGGGAGGGCGGGUACACGCCUUCGGGCCUCGACGACUACGUGGACGGCGCCAAGCGAUAUCGCCCCAGGGUUCCGCAGUCGAGUCGGACCGCCCUGCCCGGGCUCCUCCUCGUGUGCCGCCAGAUCACAGACGAGGUGACGCGCAUGAUGUACGGCGGCAACACGUUCGCCGUCCUGCUCCACGGCGAUGGCCAGUCCGAGCUGGGCCAGUACUUCGGCCCCGAGACGCGCGAGAAGAUGCGCAAGAUGAUCCUGCACCUGCGGCCCACCGGCGUCUCCUACCACCCCAAGUUCCGCAUGGACCCCGAGAUCUGGGACCCCGUCCUCGCCAACCUGUCCGUCGUCGGGCUCAUCGCCGAGCAGCCCGAGGGCGAGGACCAGUUCGAGAAGUGGAGGAUGUGGCUGACGCCCAUCUCCGAGUACCUCGGCCGCGCGCUGCCCGCCUCGGCGCGCAUCGUCGUCGACGCGGACGGGAAGGAGGGCGCCGCCCACGUCCUAGAGAGCGUCGUGCCGGGGUGCUGUCGCUUCCAGCGCCUGCGCGCGGCCGACCGCGUAUUCGAGCGGGGCGAGUUCACCACUAGUUACUGGGGCGGUUAUGAUAUGAUUAGCUGUAGGGACAUCAAAUCCGAUGGGGAGUAUGACGAUUAUUAUUCUGACUGGGAUGCGAGAUUUGUCCCUUCGGCUGAGCAGCGAGCUAUCGUGGAGCUCUCUCGCGUGCAGAAUGUCGUCGUCUCGGCAACACCCGGCUCUGGGAAGACGGCUACAGCGGAGGCCAUCGCUCGUGCGAACCCAGGUCUGGCCUCGGUGAUCCUCACCUAUUCGAAGCGUUUGCAAUAUGAGACCGCUCGUCGUGUCGAUGACUAUGACAUGUGCGAUGUUUACACCUUCCACGGAAUGGCUGGAAGGCUCUUCGGCACCGUAGUUUACAGAGACGCCAAGCUACAGGCCCUCCGAAGAGAAGGCGAAAGACCGACUUGGAGGGGUAUGCCCUACGAUAUAGUGAUUUUAGACGAACUGCAAGACUGCACCGAAAGCCUUUACUGGCUAACGCGCACUUUUCUCUUGUCGGUAACGCACGCUGCAGGAGGACGUCCCCCCCGAAUUGUCGCUCUCGGAGACGAACGGCAAGCUCUUUACGAUUUCCGGGGGGCCGAUGCCCGUUAUCUUACCCUCUCGCCGACGAUAUUUUCGGACCUGUCGCCUUACGAAUGGACGCAUCUGCCUCUGAGUAAGAGCUUCCGACUCUCUCACGAGAACACGCGCUUUGUCGAGGAAGUCUUCCUUAACGGCGAGAACCACAUGACCGGUUCGCAUAACGGGCCAAAACCUCUCUAUAUUCACGAGGAUGUUUUCAACAUCGGAGCACUUGCUAAGAAGCUGGUGCCGCUCAUCCAAAAGUAUGGACCCGAACGGACGGCCAUUCUUGCGCCUUCUAUUCGUAAAAAUACUCCCGUCGCCCAAUUCACCAACUUUCUCUCCGGGCGUUGUGAUAUACCGGUUGCGGUCUCAACAUCAGGGGAUAUAUCGCUAGACCCGGAUGUCACUAACAACAAGGUUUGCGUAUCCACGUACCACCAAUUCAAGGGGAACGAGCGGGAUCUCGUCAUCGUAUAUGGGAUAGAUGAUUCCUAUUUCAAAUACUAUGCGAGGGACUUCCCAGCCGACAGAUGCUCGAACGCGACCUACGUUGCUAUUACCCGUGCUGUGAAACAGCUUGUCGUUAUGCAUGAUCACAAUUGUCGCCCCAUGCCAUUUAUACGACUCCCCCAGCUCGAAAGCGUGGCCGAGCUUGUUUCGACCAAAGAAAUGCAACCACAGCGCCUCCCCGGUGAGCCCCCCCAGCCGGGAUUACGACUUGUCCCGGAGGUCUGGGCCGCCGAGAUGGCGCGCUACGUUUGCGAAGAGCUCCUUGAGGAAAUAAUCCAUACCUACGUCGAAAUCCGACAGGUCUCGCCCCCGUUGCCAGCGGACCAGCACAUACGCGCGCCAGACAAGGUUCUGACGGACCGGGUUAAGAUGAUGUACGAGCCGGUGAGCGACCUCAAUGGGAUAGCCGUGGUGGCAGCCUUCCGAUCCGCUCUGCGGCGCAAUAUUUUGGGGCCCGGAGGCAAUAAGAGCAACACGGUCUGGGUCGGGCCGACCGAGGCGGUGCAUUUCUGCCGCGCGGCGUGCGAGCAAGACGCGCGGGAUUCGGGGUACCACUCCCGGCUCGUGCAGAUGCGAGGGCACCCCUUCGACUGGCUCAACGAGCACCUCGACCCGGCGGUGCGGCGGCUCGGGGAGCAGCUCCACGCCGACGGCGCGUCCGAGAACAUCGAAUUCGAGACCCCCCUCAUCAAUGACAAAUUCCGCGUCCCCGGGGGCGGCGACACUAAGGGCAAGGCCCAGGUCACAAAGCUCAGCGGCAGCAUCGACAUCGUUGUGUACCCGCGCGGCGCCGCGGAUGUCCAGCAGCAGGAGCAGGAGCAGGAGCAGGAGCAGACCGGGAAGAGGGUGAGAAAGAAGAAGAAGGAGCGGCAGCAGAAGAAGGCCGCCCGGGAGAGGGCCGCCCACGCGGCGCUCUGGGAGAUCAAGUUCGUGGCGCAGCUGUCGCCCGAGCACGUGGUGCAGGCGUGCGCGUACGCGUACCUGUGGGCGGCGCAGCACAGGCUGCCGGCGCUGCCGCGGAUGGUGCUGUUCAACGUGCGCGACGGCGAGAAGCGGGAGAUCACGGUGCCGGCGGCCGGCGGCCACGGGAGCAUCGCGAGGGCCGAGGCCUUCCUGCGCGACGUGCUGCGCGCCAAGUACACCACCGCGGACAAGUACUCGACCGACGAGUUCCUCGCCGCCUGCCGCCGCGUCCGCGACGAGGUCGCCGCCAUGUGGGCGGGCGGGCGGGAAAAGCACGGCCGACGCGACGACGCGCCGCCGCUCCCCCGCCCCUUAUACCAAUAG